UGCCAGCCAAUGUCGCUCGCCUCUCUGCUCCUCCAAACGCCACCGGGCCAGCUCAGCUCCGUGUACGCCGACUUGCUCUCUCUCUCUUCUCUCUCUUCCUCGCACUCCUCUCCCUCAUUCGAGGCAGCAGCACAAGCGGCGCUCCGGCAGCACGCCGAGGAGCAGCUGCUGCUCGUCGAGGCGCCCGCCGGCGACAGGGCCGUCGUGUGCAAGGAGACACGCGUGGAGGGCAACAGGUAUCGCCAUGUCAGGGGCGAGACGACGUUCGAGGUGGAUCUGAAGAGCUUGAAAACGUCGGCGCCGCGCCCGUUGCGCCCCAACGCCUGGGCCGAGCCGCUGCGCAAGGCGCUGCAUGCCCAGCUGGACGCCUACGCCCAGGACCACUUCGCCGACGGCGCCGUCGUCGUCGUGCCGCUCUCGCUGGGCAUUGGCCGUCGUCGGGCUGCUCAGCCUGCGCAGAAGAAGCAGAAGGAGAAGGAGAAGGAGGCACUUGUGGUGGUGGUGGAGACGACGGAGGAGAGCGGAGAGACGGCUGACGAGCAGAAGGAGACGCAGGAGGAGCAGACCGACGCUGCAGAGGAGAUGUGCGAGGCCGAGGCCAAGGAGGACACUCCGGCCGCCGCCGCCGCCGCCGCCGCCGAGCCGCAGGCUUCGGAGGAGGAGGAGGAGGAGGAGUCGCAGGACGACGUCGACGUCGACAGCGAGACGCAAGGCGCCACGCGCUUCGUCAUCCACGUCGUGGGCAACAAGUACAGCCUGAGCAACUUCUGGGCGGGACGUUGGCGCGCCACGUACACGUUUGACCCAGCGGCGCCGGCGCCGGCCACGCUCGAGGCCUCGCACCAGCUGCUGGUGCACUACUUCGAGAACGGCAAUGUUCAACUCUCCGUCUCUUCCUCUCGUUCCCUCUCCCUCGGCACCGGCAACGCCUCCGCCUCUUCUUCUCCCGCUUCCGAUGCCGAAAACGUCGAUGCGCUCGCAGCCCGCAUCGCCGCGGCGCUGCAAGCGGAGGAGGCGCGCUUUCACGCCAGCGUCGAGCGGCGCGUCGCCGAGCUGGGCGAAAAGGCGUUCAAGGCGCUCAGGCGCAAUCUGCCCGUGUCGAAGCAGAAGAUCAAUUGGGACAAGGUGUCCAACUACAAGCUCAGCGGCGAGCUUGCGAAGUAGGAAAGCGCGCGCCUAGCCCCCCGACGCCCGACGCGCGCGCCGCCGUCCAGCUACAGCAGCGAGCGCGCUGCGAAGAGGCGCUUCUCACUUCAGUUGAGGCGUGUGCGAGCGCGCGCGCCCGCUCCCCCCCAUCCUUCCACGUAUUCCACCCCCGCUCCGGCCCUCAUGACAUACUAUGAAACGC